CCGCUGGUCAAUAAAUACCCAUGCAAUUUUCCAAAUGUAGAUCACUCCACCAAUCAUUACUUUCUUCUCAGGUAAUAUUAGUAUAAGAUUUAUCAAACGCAAGCAAAAGAGAUGGCCCAAAAGCUAGAAGCAAAGGGUGGUGAGACAGGGGAUGUAUGGGAUGAUGGUGUUUACGAAAAUGUUAGGAAGGUCUAUGUAGGGCAAGGCCAAUAUGGUAUAGCCUUCGUCAAGUUUGAGUAUGUCAAUGGUUCUCAAGUGGUUGUUGGAGAUGAACAUGGAAAAAAGACAGAGCUAGGAGUUGAGGAGUUUGAGAUUGAUGCGGAUGACUACAUCGUAUACGUGGAAGGUUACCGUGAGAAAGUUAACGAUAUGACCUCAGAAAUGAUCACGUUUCUUUCUAUCAAGACUUUUAAAGGCAAAACCUCUCAUCCUAUCGAAAAAAGACCUGGGGUUAAGUUUGUGCUACACGGUGGAAAAAUCGUUGGGUUUCACGGCCGUUCGACCGACGUUCUACACUCCCUCGGGGCCUAUGUUUCUUUGCCGUCCACUCCCAAAUUGCUUGGAAAGUGGAUUAAGGUGGAGCAAAAAGGAGAAGGUCCAGGGCUAAGAUGCUCACAUGGCAUAGCACAAGUAGGCAACAAGAUUUACUCCUUUGGUGGGGAGUUCACACCAAAUCAGCCCAUCGACAAACACCUUUACGUCUUUGACCUCGAGACCCGGACUUGGUCCAUUUCUCCAGCCACCGGAGACGUUCCACACCUCUCUUGCUUAGGUGUCCGUAUGGUGUCAGUAGGAUCGACCCUCUAUGUCUUUGGAGGCCGAGACGCUUCACGCCAAUACAACGGUUUCUACUCAUUUGACACGAUCACACACGAGUGGAAACUGCUAACUCCGGUCGAAGAAGGACCCACUCCUCGUAGUUUCCACUCGAUGGCAGCCGAUGAAGAAAACGUUUACGUUUUCGGUGGAGUGAGUGCUACGGCAAGGCUCAAGACACUAGACUCUUACAACAUCGUUGAUAAGAAGUGGUUUCAGUGCUCGACUCCAGGAGAUUCCUUAACCGCAAGAGGAGGAGCAGGGCUCGAAGUGGUGAAAGGGAAGGUAUGGGUUGUGUAUGGAUUUAACGGAUGUGAAGUAGAUGAUGUUUAUUACUACGAUCCUGUUGAAGACAAGUGGACACAAGUGGAAACAUUCGGUGUGAGACCUUCCGAAAGGAGUGUAUUCGCUAGUGCGGCUGUUGGGAAACACAUUGUGCUGUUUGGAGGUGAGAUUGCGAUGGACCCACUAGCUCACGCGGGUCCGGGUCAAUUGACCGAUGGGACUUUUGCGUUAGACACGGAGACGUUGCAAUGGGAGAGGCUGGAUAAGUUUAGUGAAGAGGAGGAGACUCCGAGUAGCAGAGGAUGGACCGCGUCCACAACUGGGACCAUUGACGGUAAGAAAGGACUUGUGAUGCAUGGUGGUAAAGCUCCAACCAAUGACCGGUUUGAUGAUCUCUUCUUUUACGGAAUCGACUCUGCCUAAUUAAGUGCGAUGUGAUCAUGACCGUUUGUGAUUUUCUGUGUGUGUGUGUGUGUGAUCAAUAAGGCAGGGGUCGUGAU